AUGUCAAAAGACUACCCCCCAAUCGUUAAAGCAAACCAAACGCAUCAACCGCCACCAGACUUUCGACAGCACUGCGCUGGUACAUUUGCAGCCAAUGCACAAGGGAAACCAUAUCUCAAUGGACUCGAAGCGGCCUCUAUUUUUCUAUCAAGCGGUCUAGACAAGACUGUUCUAUCAAAUAUCUGGGACCAAGCCUCUACAUACAAGAACGGCAGGUUUACAUGUGACGAGUUCACCAACGCCAUGUGGCUCAUUGAGCAGCACAAGACCUCCCAGAUUCCGAUCCCACCUCCAUAUAUACCGUAUCCAGCACCACCUCCUAGGCCUUAUCCUGUGGCAGUGGCGGUGCAGCCACCAACAGUGACAAAGAUGGACAUGACAGAGCCCAUGAUCUGUACAGGAUGUGAUACAGGUUUUGUUACCAACAACAUUGCAUAUGUUUGCAAAGCUUGUCCAUCAGACAAGAAUAGCUACUGUGAGGGGUGCAAUCGGGCCGGAAAACGCUGCCGGCAUGUGCAGAGUGCAUCACGCCAUAUCCUCGAACGAGGCCGCAACCUCAAGACUCAAGAUAAAGAGGACGAGCUUGGGUUUAGCUACAAGUGCUCCAAGUGCAAAACCAAGUUCAAGCCCGAUGAGCUCUGCUGGCACUGCAAGCGCUGCUUUGAGUCGAACUUGUGUGAGGGAUGCUGGCCGGCGCGUGAGAAGCGGUGCAGGCACGCUGCCAAGGGCAAGGUGCAGCUUCGAGUUGUCGGGAAGCCAGCCUCCAUCGGAGAGAUCUUAGACGAUAUCGGAGAAAUCCACGACUUGAUAGGUUAG